AUGAAUGACACCUCAGGAUCGGUAUAUGAGAAAGUGGCCAAGAUGUUUCUUAAACGCUACAAGGAGCUAAUUGUGGGCAAAUUCAGACAAGCUUCAGAUGAUCAGCGAUACGCGAGACUGCUGCAGUCGUGCCCUUACGCCAGGGAAUUGCAAAACUCAGCUAAUAGACUGUGUGUCAUUUACGAAAAUGCAGCGUGGCACUCAGUAGUGCUCGAGACGCUUAAUCUCGACCUGAUUUAUGCCAAUGUCGAUGCCAUGCCUAGAGAAUCCGAAGAGCAAUAUGCUGAUAACCUAGUCAAGGAGUUACUGAGAUACUUCAAGCAAGAGUUCUUCGAGUGGGUUAACAGCCCCAGUUGUGAUAAAUGCGGAGAAAACGAUCAGACGUCCAUGGGUGGCACCAGGCCGAACUCUGAAGAAGCCCAGUUCGAGUGCUGGGUCGUGGAACAAUAUAAAUGCAAUCGGUGCGGCACGGUCACUCGGUUCCCGCGUUACAACGAUCCCAUCAAGCUACUCGAUUUCCGCAAGGGUCGCUGUGGCGAAUGGUGCAACCUGUUUACGCUUAUAUUGAAAUCCUUUGGCCUGGAGGCCCGCUAUGUGCAGAACCAGGAGGAUCAUGUGUGGUGUGAAUAUUACUCGCAGCAUCUGAGGCGAUGGGUUCACGUAGACUCAUGUGAGCAAUCUUUUGACCAGCCGUACAUCUAUUCCAAGAACUGGAACAAAAGCAUGAGCUAUUGCAUAGCCUUUUCCCAUGACACUGUGAUUGACGUCAGCAAGAGAUACAUUCUACAAAAUGCACUACCGAGGAAUCAGAUCAGUGAAGAUGACCUUCAGUUCAUGUGCUCUUUCCUCACGAAAAAGCUGAGAUCUAGGCUUGAUGAUGAGACUAUUUAUCAGUUGGCAAACAGAGAUCAAUUGGAACAACUAGAGUGGUAUCCCAACAAGACGCAGAGACAGCCAGCAAAAACUCAAGAGGGUCCUGGUAGGCAGAGUGGGUCUGCAGCAUGGAAGGCGCAGAGAGGAGAGGAUGGUAAACGAUAUGAAUGA